AAAUAUACAUACAAACCAAUAAAAAAAUUGAGAAGAUGCCCAUUUUUAAAUGUGGAUUUUAGACAUCACUCUAGAAGUCUAGGUAGGAUGAGGUAAGAAGUAAAGCCCAUAUAUUUCUUAGCGAUUCGAUGAACUGCGUGUCAGGAGUUUUAAAUUCCACUCCGGCACUCCUACUUUAAGAUAAAACAAGAGGAUCUUAUUGAAAAGCGACGUUUAUUUGAUCGAAACGAUGAAAGAGCAGAGCAAUUAUGUGCCGCCGCCGUACAUCCCGUUGAGGCAAACAGACAAGGAACCGGAAAACUCUCAAUCGAUGGAACAGGUCUCUCCGCACCCUGGAAAUGGCGGCGGCGGCGGCGGCCAACAAUGGUCUUCUGGAAUCUGCGCUUGUUUUGAUGAUCCACAGAGCUGUCUCGUUGGACUUCUUUGCCCUUGCUAUCUUUUCGGGAAGAAUGCCGAGUUCUUAGGCUCUGGAACCUUGGCUGGUUCAUGCUUGAUCCACUUCAUUUUAUGGGCUCUUGUGAAUACAUUCUGCUGUGUGCUAACCGAGGGCAUGCCUUUGGGUUUACCUGGAUGCUUAGUUGCAUGCUAUGCCUCCGGCUAUCGUAGAACGUUGCGAUCAAAGUACAAUCUACAGGAAGCACCGUGCGGGGAUUUCACGACUCAUUUUUUCUGCCACUAUUGUGCAAUGUGCCAGGAAUACAGGGAGAUCCGUGAGAGGCGUGGUGAGUUGGAGUCCCCUAACCCGAACCGAAUAGAGGUGAUAGCCCCUCAAGUUCAGACAAUGGAAUUGACACCCGAAAGCAACUAAAGCAGAUUGUAAUUUGUUCUUGUCUAUCUUAAGAGGUUUUGUUGUGCAAUUCCUCAUCCAGCAGCAAUUCAAGACUCUUGGGCAUAUCCUUACUGGAUGGGUUGUUGUUUCACUAACUGUGGAGUCGUUUGUGUUAAAUAUAUUAAGUAUAUAUUUAGUAUCUUGUGUAUAUAGUAAUUUCCAUACAUGUAUAGUCCUUAUUAAUUAAGGAUUCCUAACAUA